CCCCCCCCCCACCGCUCCCCCGCUGCCUGCUCGGGCUGGGCGUCGCCACCCGCAGCCUCCAAGCGGCGCAAUACCCCAGGCGCCCGCGGUGGGAGCUGCCGCCGCCGUGCGUCGUGUCGAAACGGCUUGCGAGUAUUUCCUCCUCCUUCUCCUCCUCCCGGCCCGCAGAGAACCACACCUCGUGGAAGUUCCCAGAGCAGGCAAAUUUCCACGCCGGCCAAAGCUGCGCGUCCCGGGAGGAGAACUUCGGAAACUGACCCGCCGCCGGAGCAAUUGACCCGCCGGGAGGAAACUGACGCGCUCGCAGGAGACGGCGGUAGUUGAAGCAGAUUUCCAAAGGAGGAGGAACAGUCUCUUCAGCAACGCCGUUCAGAAGCUGGAAGGAACUUCCCACUUCUCCGUCAUGGAACCCAAGAGUGGUCUCGGAGAUGCCAAGUGAACGUUUGAAUUUUUGACCAAGCAACCCAAAAACAACUUUGGGGGGGGGGGGAUUGAACUCUUCUCCGGCGGCGCGGCAGCGAUCCGGGCUAGAGGGUGCGUUACCCGAAUCCGUCAGGAGUCCGACCCAUCAACUAGAAAGCUGGAAUCCUCUACGAAUAUGAGCGAUUUUUGGCAUAAGCUGGGUUGUUGCGUAGUAGAGAAACCGCAGCCGAAAAAGAAGAGGCGGAGAAUUGACCGCAGCAUGAUAGGGGAGCCGAUGAAUUUUGUCCACCUGACGCACAUCGGGUCUGGAGACAUGGCCAACGAAGGCCUGCCCAUGACGGGGGCAGUCCAGGAAAUGAGAUUGAAAUGCGGCCGAGAGAGACAGUGGAGCAACUCCCGCGGCUUGUAGCUCCGCCCUUUCCCCUUUCUCCAGCGUUCCAGGCUAAUUAAUAAAAAAAACACCAAAAACAGAAAGAAAGAAAUCUAUAUUAUAUAUAUAUAAACAGCGCACACUUGAAUUACCUGCUUGAACUUGUUAGAACAAGUUGGAAAUGCAAGACAUCUCCUGGUGAAGUCACUCAGUAACUUAUGCGAACGGAUUUCCACAUGUUCUGGUUAUUAUUUUCCCCCCCUCCUUUUUAAAGCAAGAAACUAGCAACUAGUUUGGCGUGUAAUACGCCUUGCCGUCUGCAUAAGAAAAAAAAAACCACGGGUCGAUAGAAUCCAAGUCUCUCUUCAAGGCACCUUCUCCUCCCCGGCUCAUCCCCGUUCCAGUUUUUUAACCCCUUUCCGUUUUUAACUUGUGACUUAAUGAGAAAAUAAAAGUUGUCCUAUCAUC